AUGUCGACUGGGUGCUGAAUAGCAAGAGAGCAGGGAAUUUUUGUUCCAGCUACCCCAGAGUGAACGCGCGGGCUGACCAAAGGGGGACGCGGCAGCAAGACUUAAAACCCGGGCACCAUCCAUUGACGUUAGGAUUUCAGAACAAAAAAAAUCAUUCGGAUUAAGGGAACGAAAUAAAUCUAGCGAGCAAACACAAGCUACCGCUUGCCCGAGCAGUGUGUUUACGACGAUGCACUGCUGGAUUUAAAAUCAAUCGGUGCUCCUCCUGUGAGUUUUUUUUGCAGCAACCGGGAGGAUUUAAAUUGAAGCACUAUUGAAGAUCUGUGAACGGGAAUGAUGAGCGACCAAACAGGGCUCAAUGCCAGGCCACCAGCGAGUAGCAAUGAGAAGACCGCUGUAAUUUGAUUUGUUUUGAUUUUUUUCUCUCUCUCUAUUCCAUCCACCUCCCGCGGCAGCAAAAAAAAACCCCAACAACAACAACCCCGUUUGCCACAUUUCGAGUUUGCUUGCUCGACCGCCCAGCGCAAAUACGUGGGAAGUAAAACGAAGCGAGGCGGUCACUUUGCGUCGUGUGCGCGAAGCGCGCAGCAGUGCUCUCUCGCGCUCGGACGUCGGAGGAACGCGACACGAAAGAAGACGCAGCGACAAAAUGCACGCCUGGUGAUUGGGGACGAGAAAUAAAUGUGGCGUGGGCCAACCAUGGCUGGAUGGCAGUCCCCUAUCCGCAUGAAGAUGGCCGAGGGCCGGCGGUGCCACGUUCACCUGUUGGAUGGCCGGAUGUUGGAGCUGCUGGUGCAGCCAAAACUUUUGGCCAAGGAAUUAUUGGAUAUGGUUGCGUCUCAUUUCAACCUGAAGGAGAAGGAGUUCUUUGGACUUGCCUACGUGGACGAAAUAGGUCUUUACAGUUGGCUUCAGUUGGAUCGUAGAGUCCUAGAACAUGAUUUCCCCAAGAAAUCCAGAUGUGUUGUGCUGAAUUUCACCGUCAAGUUUUACAUCGAAAGCGUUGCGUACCUGCGGGAAAACACAGCUGUGGAGCUCUUCUUCUUGAAUGCGAAAACCUGCAUAUCCAAAGGGAUAAUUGAAGUGGACAGUGAAACGGCUUUCGAACUCUCUGCGUACAUACUCCAGGAGGCUGCUGGAGACUACACCUGUGAUGACGCAGUGAGGUCGGAAUUGAAGACCCUUCCUCCUCUUCCCACACUGCUACUGAAGGAACACCCCUCGAUCAGCUACUGCGAGGAGCGGAUUAUCGAGCACUACAAGAAGCUCAAGGGACAAACACGAGGGCAGGCUAUUGUCAAUUACAUGAGUGUGGUGGAAACUCUACCUAGCUAUGGGGUUCACUAUUACCCAGUGAAGGAUAAAAAAGGACUGCCCUGGUGGCUUGGACUGAGCAACAAGGGAAUUUCGCAAUACGACUUCCAGGACAAGCUAAAGCCCAGGCAGAUUUAUCAAUGGAGACAGCUGGAGAAUCUAUAUUUUCGUGAAAAGAAGUUUUCUAUAGAAGUCCAUGACCCUCGAAGGUUAACCGUGAGCAGACGCACUUUCGCACAGAGCGGCAUCACAGUGCACACGUGGUACGCCAGCCCUGCGCUCAUCAAGUCCAUCUGGGUGAUGGCCAUUGGCCAGCAUCAGUUUUAUCUGGACCGAAAGCAGAGCAAGGCAAAGAUCCCGGUGGCCAGGAGCCUCAGCGAGAUCGCCAUCGACCUCACCGAGCUGGGAUCACUGAGCACGUCGGGCCUUGCCAGCAUGGGCAGCGAGAGCAAGAUUAUCAGCGGCAGCGACGGAAGCCUCUUCUCGUCCGGAUCACAAGAGUCUGAGAUCAGCCAGGAGGCACGGAAGGACCUCAUGACGGCACUCAAGUCACGACGAGAUGCCCUGGAGGACACCCUGAAACUCCGGGUGGAGGAACUUCGCCUUAUCUGCCUGAGAGAGGCCGACCUGACGGGAAAGCUUCCCGAGGAGUUCCCCCUGGCUCUGGGUGAGAAAGCUCCGUCCGUCCGGAGGAGAGUGGGAACCUCCUUCAAGCUGGACGAGCACAAGAUCAUCAUGCGCGGCGAGGAGGCUGAGCUGGAGAGGCUGGAACGAGACUUUGCCAUCCAGUCCCAGAUCACGGAGGCAGCCAAGCGCCUGGCCAGUGACCCUGGUGUGAGCAAGAAGGCUCGCAAGCAGCGCAAGUCCUCCUACCAGAACUCGGUGCGCAAACUCCAGGACAUCGAGGCAGCCAUCAACCAGUACCGGCUCCGUGCGGGGCAGGAACCCACGAAGAGGACUUCCCACAUCGGAGAUGAGGAAAACAUUCACUCUGACGUGCAGUCAGAUGGCAGCUCGCUCGCCGAAGCCUCGGCUCUGGAAGACGAGGACUCCCCGCGCAGCAGCCUGCUCUCCUCGCUGCUGUCCCCGCAGCGUCUGGUGCCGCCGCUACUGGGCGGCUACGCCCGGCCCUCUCCGCCCACGUCGCUCGAGGGCCUCCGCCGGCAGCAGUCCUUCCGCGGAGACCCCUCCUCCCCGUCCAAGUCCGGAAGCUGGGCCGAGUCCUCGCUGGACGAGUCCUACGAUCGCCCUCGCAAACCCCUGCUCCGACACACCAUGUCCAGUCCCUUGGGAAGUCCAUCGCACCAGCCGGGCUGCCAGCGAGCUAAGGGAACGGGCUCCCUGCAGAGCAGCCCGGUGAAGGCCGGUCCUCGCUGGGACUCGUCCAGCGUGCCAUCCACUCCAGACGCACGUACUCGUGCCAUACCCUUCAGCCAGCACCAACGAUGGUUCGAGUCCACUCUUGGCGGGCAGCAGCAGCAGAAGCAUCAGCAGCAGCCUCUCCCGGCCGCCCACCUGCGCCAGCGCAGCUGCAGCCUGGAGUCUCAGAGCCAGCUGCUGGUGUCCGAGGGCACGACGGUGGCCGGCGGUGACCUGAGCUGCGGCACGGGCACAGUGUCGCGCAGCAGCAACAGCUCGGAGCUGCCGCUGGACGACCGCUCGUCCUACACCAGCCAGUCGAGCUCCGAGUGCGGCUACUACGGCGGGCCGGGCCGCACGCCGUACGACACGUCGCGGCUGGGCCGCCGCGCGUCGGCGGGCGGCGCUGACCCGCGGGCGCUGCAGAGGCACCGCUCGGCGGAGAGCCUCGUGUCGGAGGCGCGGGGCGAGAUGCAGGGCGCCGACGGCGGGGGGUGCGGCGGCCCCGGCGGCGGGGGGGGCGGCCCCGGCGGCGUCGGCGGAGCGCGACGCGCCGGCCUCUACCGCUUCCCGCACAACCUGCCGACGUCGCAGUACCGCGUGAAGGAGUACCCGCUGUACGCGGACCGGGCGGACGGCUCGCGCUGCGUGGUGCGCAGCCUGGAGAGCGAGCGCGAGGGACACUACUGCGUGAAGGCGCAGGUGCGCACGUCGCACUCGUACACCGCCGGAGGGAUGUACCGCGAGAGGGUCGCGCGCCAGGAGGGCGGCGCCAUCGUGCACUCCAUCACUCAGUCGCGCUCGCAGGUGGUUCGUAGCUGCUGCCAGGAAGGCGUUCGGACGAGCACUCUUGAGCACCUGCGCUCCUGGUACGAGCGCAACGCCUAUCGGGACCCGCGGAGGCUUUCGCACGUCUGGUCAGAUGCUGACCGGCUGGCGCUUUACCCCCAGGGCGCGGCCUCGCCUCCUCCUAGCAAGCCCACGCAAACAGGCGGGUGUGGAGGCGGCAGUCGGAGAAACACGCUGUCCCCUGCUCACCAGGCGGAUGAAGCUGCUUCGUACACACACCAGCCUGUGCAGCACACGAGUGAUACCACCCCUCCCUCUCAGGACCCCCCAGAGGCUCCUCAGCAGCCCUAGGGAAGCUGCAGGUCGUACAGCAGGAUAACAUACUACUCGAGUAUCAUGAACGGGCAGAGAAGCCACCGUGCUCAGCACAUUACCAGCCCACUCACUACGUGGCACAAGGAAGACCACAUUCAAAAUACAGCCAGGCUAACUUGACCAGUGUUAAUAGGAUAGUGUAUAUUUACGUAAGAAAACGAUUUUUAAAAAUAUAAAAAAAUAUUUUGGUCAAAUGUAAAAAUAACAAGUCAGCAUUUUCACAAACUGGCCCUCCGGUUGCAAGAAAUAUCGUUUUAUUGACCAGCAUAUAAUGUAUGUUUAUCUCUUUGAAACUAUUUUCUCUUAAAAUUUGAAUGCAAAACAAAUAUAUAAUAGAAUUUAUUUAAAGAGUGUUGUUUUCAAACAUAAACACAUCAUCAUUACUAAGCUACAAAAGCAUGCAACUACAAUCUCUCUCCAAAAGCUAUGAUACUUCUUAUAACAGCAAAAUAAUAAUAACGCCACAUCAAAAUUGGAUGGUAAUUCUGUUUCAUAUUGCAAAAGUGGCUUUCAUUCAGCUGGGCUGGAUUUAAUUAGGGUACUACAAGAUUUGUUUUAUAUCCAUAAUUACAUUUUUUAUAUUUCAUUGGAACCUCACUAAGUUACCUUAUAAUACGAAUUCCCUGCUAUAUCUGUGAAACGCAUUUGCAGUCCACUCAGGUCAAUUGGUUCUGUGAAUUAGGGGACUUCGCAUGAUCUAGACAAAGCAGGUUGAAUAAUUGUAGAUUACCGUGUUAAGAUAAUGCACAGUGGCUUGCUCCUGCAUAUUAUGUGAUGGAAUAUUUCUUUCACAUCUACACACUGGCAUAUGCAGUAUUGAUGACUCCCUACAUCACUGACAAAUAUUAUUUUUGUGUGCCCCCCCCCCCCCCCCCCACUUACUCUCUGAACAAGACAAUCCUUGAACAUCCUUACCCAUAAUGCUUUUUAAAUUUGAAGUGAAGGAUUUUCAACGUGAGCACAUGGAAAUCCUUCAGAAGCCGCACACAAGGAUCCAAAGUCCAGAGGGCAGUUGCCGUCACUCAUUUUGACAUUUGGACAAAACAAUGCAACCAUCCUUUGGUGAGGACCAACGCAAGCAUUAAAACACACUGGGCAAUAGUCUGAGCAGAAAGGAAUCUACCCAAGCACAGCCUUUGAAGAACAUUUAACAAUGCCCCAUUGUAGGUAGAUAGCUAGUAAUACGGCAUAAAUUGCGAGUUAAACCCAACAAUGGAUAAAUACAUUGGAGCAAUGUAUGUAGCCAUUGAGAAUACGUCGCUUUUAUAAGAAUGGUAUAUAAAAGUAGCCUGGAAUAUAGGACUACCUUUUGCAAUGGCAAGAAUGUGGAUAAUAAACAAAAAGAGUAAGACAAAUGUUGUCAUAGAUAUAUUGCGUUAUUAUAUUCCUAAGGGUCUAGGUUGUGUAAAAGUCACCUUUUGUCCAAAAGAAUAGUGCAUUGGAAGCACGUGAUUUAGUUUUUGUGUGCAAAGGUAGAUUCAAAUGUGCGAAACAUUGUAGAAAGUUGUAUAGAUAAAAAAAAUUUGUUUUUUCCAUAGGUCAUUUAUAUGUCAUAUAUAUAUAAGAACUGGUAUGAGUUCUGCCUGAUUUAUUUCUUUUCUUUCUUAAAUAAAUGUGCGGCGUUUUUUUUUUAUAUGCCAACUUUUGAAGAGUUUGCACCGUCUCUGUGGAGACAGCACUCGAGACAGAAUUUGCUCAGAAGCAGCGAGGUGAAAUUGAUACGAGAGAAGCAGACAUCUGGAUUAUAUUAUGUGCAUGCACAAAAGAGGCUUUUAUUUUUAGAAAGUAGUGUUUCAAGGGAAAAAAAAUCCCCGUUCCCCCUCAAAAUGUUUCCUGACUGAAAUUUAAUUCAGGGAAAUGUAUAGCUUCUGGGAAAGCUACAUAUUUUCCUACAAUUAAAAAGACCGUUUCCUGGAGGAUGUGCGAGCUGUUAGUUUAUAUAAUUUUAUUUAUUUUAUUUUUUGUAAAAAGAAAACUUUUUUUCUAAAUGUGUAUUUGUUGUAGUGUAACUGCAAAAACUCAUGGUGCUGUCAUGCCAUAUUUUACGAAACGCUGAUAAUAGGUAACCACGUUUUUAAAUUUCAUUUUUCUUAAAGAUUACGUGAAUUUUGGUACACUUUUGUAGCUGAUUUUCCAUCAAUUUAUAUGACCUGAAACUUGUGGAUAAAUGUCAAUAUUGUUACGUGUAAACAAAAAUAUUCGUGUUAUUAAAAUCAUAAACCAAAACAUAAAUAGAAUUGAUUAUUGGAGAGCAGGUCAACAUUUAUUUCAGUAAAAGUAUCAUUCUAUUCAAAUAUAAUUCACUGUCAUACAAAGUUCAACAAACAUCACACAUUUUCAUAAUGUUUCUAGCAUGUUCGUCAAUGGCAUUGAAUAUCGUUUCACUUAUGAUUUAGAAAUGAUCAUACACAGAGCUCUAUAAGGUACAUCUGAAAGUGACUCAUGUUGGUAAUAUUUUCAUGUCAGCAUGAGGGUAAAAAUAAGGGUGAGUCAGGCACAAUGACACCCGCGCAUUCCAGAGCAACCUCAAGAGGCAUCUAUGGUAUCUCCGGUGACUUACAAUAUUAGUCAAGAGCCCAAAACAAUCACUUUUUGUGUUGAGUGAGCCCAUGUAACAUUAUUUCCCCUAAAAGGCCACCAGAACUAUUUGAAUGGGCUCCCAUCAUUUGUUGGUCGCCAAUGUUUUAGACCUAGUGCACAUAACAUCAAAUGUUAAGUAACUUUUUUUGUGUACAUUUUAGCACAAGCUAUUUAGAUAUUGGCUUGCAUUACAAUAUCGUAACUAUUCAUGUCCCACCAUUACAUUGACAAGCAAAUUACAACAUUGCAUUUUUGUACAAUAGCUCGUCAUUGAAAAUAGAUUUUCCCUCUGCAGUUUAUAAACCCUUCAUACACUCAUGGGCAACACAUAAUAGAAGUUGGCUAGGGAUUGAUUUACAUGUACAAAUUUAAGCACUUGUAUGAAAAAGAAUGUUUUGCCUUUGUUCUCCAUUCAGUAAAAUGAGUGCAAGAUAUACAUAUUUUAAACAAAUAAAGUAUAAUUUCUUUAAACAAAUAAAGUAUAAUUUCCUUAAAAUAAACAUGUUUUUAUUAAAUAUUAAAUUAACAAUACAUUCUGAAUACAUAUUAAACCACUUUGUAAUGUACUCCUAAACAAUAUAUGAUGUGCUUGUAUCGAAGACAGCGGGAUUUAUAAUUUGCUUAUUUUACCUGCUUCAGCAAAACACACUUAGGUUAUGACCUUUGAUUAUAAGUAAUGUAUCUGACUCAAUGCAGAAAAUAGGAGGUAUUUGUGGUAUUGGUGGAAUGUUUGACACUUUUGAAAAAUGUGUCACCUGCUAAAUAUAACCAGAGUAUAUUACUUUAAGGGUGCUUGCCACCAACAUUGAACCAGUAUGGUAGAAGUUCUAAAGUAGCACAAGUCAUCACUUCAAAAAGCCUUCGAAUCUAUGUCUUCAAGGCUAUAUUUUGAUGACGAGCAGCCACACCAAGUUUAACACGCUUGUUUCCUUACGUAAAAUAAUUUCUCUUGUCACAUUUAUCGAUAUCCUUACUAGCUUCAGAUUAUGGUAAAUACAGUUCUUGCUUUUCAAUAGUCAUCAAUCUAAAGUCAUGAAACCAGUUUUGUACCAUUUUUUUACAAUAUUGAAUUUCAUUGAAGACCAUACAUAAACACCUUGCAUGGGUAGUUUUUCUAAUAUAUGAAGAUGAAAUGCAAUUCAUUGCAUGCUUUGUCCUCGAGUCAAAAAAAAAAGAAGUUACAUUGCCUUUUUACUUUUGCCAUAACUUAUUACGUGAUGGGCAAAUUGUUGAACACUAUGGCCGUAUUGGUAAUCCACAUCAUGCAGUUUUGCUAAAAUCAAGUUUGUAGGAAUACCACUAACUGUGCCUGUGCACUGCGGGCAGUGCCAUCACCUAUUAGAAUUCUGAGCUGAAUGCUUCUCAUUAACUGAUAACUUGACUCAAUGUCUCAUAUGGCAAUGUUCUAUGAUUGCUUAAGGAAGUGACUACCUGAAGGAUGGACGUUAUCCACGACUUCAAAAACAGCCAUUGAUGCAUCUGGCUCAGCAUUGUGACCAACAUUAUGUGACUCAAAAUAUCCAAUUACAGGACAUAUGAGUUAAUAUAAUUACAAACCAUAACUGAUAUAACAAUACAUUAUUCUAAUACAACUUGGAUGGCAUGUGUUCAAAUAUAAUGUUUGAGUAAACAGCAUUCAUGGUUAGAAUAUAUAAAAGGUAUAUAUUUACAAAUAGUGUAUUAACUCCAUGACCCUUAACAAUGCUGUGUUUAUUAUAGCAAAUCCUAUAAUCAGUGGUAAACUGGAUUUUUCAUAGAUAUAAUACUUUCUCAGGUUUUUAUGCCAAUGCCAGGAAAAUUGCCAAAUCCAUUUGCAUUAUAUGUGUGUUUUUUUAAACAAAUUUCUUAAUAACACUUGGAAAAUCCAGCCAAUAACUCUGGUGAUCCCAUGUAAUGUAAUGAAGCUUUGAGACAUUCACUUUUUAAAUCCGAGCAUAAUUAAAUGAAUCAUGGUAAAAAAAAAUACCAAUUUAGCCCACAAAAGAUAUGCCAGCAAAUGAUUAAAAAUACCCUUUUUUUUCGUUUGCCAUUUCUUUAAUGCUACAGUUAAGAGGCUUGCUUUUUAUUUGGCAUUCACAAUACAAUUGAAAUACCGAGGUAUGUUGCACAGGUCUUUUUACUGCGUCUAUAACGUAUUGAUAGUAAAACAAAAAAAUCUAAACUAGUACUAUAUGUUUUUGAUAAAAGAAAAAAAUUUCCAGAGUGUGGGAAUGAAGAAAAAUCUGAAAAAUUCCAUCUAGGAUUAUUUGAAACGAUGUGAACAAAUGUAAAUAGGUGGAAUUUUCAGUAUUUAAUUACAAAAAAAUCUCAUACUUCACACAGAUGUACAUAUAGGAGAUAUGACAUUACCUUUGCAGAGGACCAUUUAGCCUAUAAGCUGAAGACCAAUAUGUUUUAUAAACAGUAUUAGCAGUCAUAAAUAUUUCAUUUUGAAUUGACUGCCGUAUAUGUUUAAAAUUGGACACACGAGUCCAUUUUUAAAUGUACAUAAAUAGAUGAAUUGUACAAAGAUAAUUUUACGUCAUUUUGUCAUCUCUGUAUAAUAUGACUUAAGUAUUUCUUUCAUUGUUGUAUUGUUAAGCUGGUUCUUAAUAUCUUCGAUAGCUAUUAGUAUUGUUUUGUUUUAAAUAUUGAUGUUACUUCUGUGCUUGUUGUACCUAAAAGUAUAAGUUAUAUUUGAGAGGCGUUUAAUUAAAGUUGCUCAACUUGGUCCAUCGAUAAAUUGCUAUACAUUGUAGAUAGCAUGUAUACUGAUAAGCAAGUUCAUGCUGUUGAUAGUGUGCUUUUUUCACCUGCAGGCAUUAAUAAAGCAUGGAACAAUGUGAGCGUUUAUAAUUAUGAGUUUUAAUGGUGUCUUCUUCAAUAAAGUAUCUUAGUCCAGCUUUA